AUGGCCGGUGUUCGUUUUGUCAUUGUCGGUGCUGGCCUCAUAGGGCCUCGCCAUGCCGAGCUGGUCUUGGAGAUGCCCGAUUGUUCGCUUUUUGCGGUUGUCGAUCGUUCGGCCAAUGGCCCAUCUGUAGCUGCCAGGUUUGGCGCUUUGCAUUUCAACACAGUGGACGAGAUGUUUCUAUAUUGUGACGAGUAUGGCGUAGAUUAUCCGGAUGCGGCUGUAGUGGCCACUCCGAACCAUUCCCAUGCGUCUGUGGGGAUCCAAUUGGCCAGCAAGGGCAUUCAUUUGAUGGUCGAAAAGCCACUUGCUUCAACCCCGGAAGAUUGCGUUGCCUUGAUCGAGUUUUGCGAAAAACAGGGCGUCAUUUUGCUUGUAGGACACCAUCGCCGAUUUAACCCUUACAUCGUAGCAGCCAAAGAGCAUAUGGCGAAGGUUGGAACCCCAGUGAUGAUUCAAGGUGUUUGGGCAUUGAAGAAAUGCCAAGAGUACUUUGCCGAGAAAGAAUGGCGCCGCUCGAAGUACCAUGGCGGAGGGACCUUGAUGAUCAACUUGAUCCACGAUUUGGACUUGUUGCAGUAUUUAUUGGGACCCAUCCAGCGUGUUUACGCGGAGCUCUUGCCAAAACAAAGAAUGCCAGAGGCUGAGGACAACCAUGUGGAUGAAGGCGCUGCGCUCACUCUUCGCUUUGCAAAUGGCUGUUGUGGAUCGUUUGUCUGCUCUGACAAUGUGACCUCACCAUUCAAUUUCGAGGCUGGCACUGGUGAAAACCCUUUGAUUCCUCACAACCAAGAUAUGGCAGGCUUCUAUCGCAUAUUUGGCAGCCAUGGUACUCUUUCCGUUCCGGAUUUCACCCUAUAUCAUCAAAAUGAUGUUCCCGAGAAGGACCAUUCUUGGUGGAAGCCCAUCCAGGCCGAAAGAUUGGAUGUUGUCUCCAGCGUGGCUCCUGUCGAAGAGAGCAGCGGCUUCAUGACUCCCCCUCCUUCUUUUGAUGCCAAAGAAAUGCUAUUUCCCACAGGCAAAAGCCAGCUUCCACGGCCAUUUGACCUCCAGAUGGAGCACUUUGUCAACUUGAUCACUGGCAGAGAGUCCGUGAGCAAGUGCUCUGGACGCGACGCCUUGAGCGCCUUGUUGUGUAUUGAGGCUGUCAUGAAAAGCAUUGAGACCGAGCAGCCUCAAGUUGUCCCUACAAUUGUGUAG